AGAGCCACAAACAAGCCGCUAGGGAGAGGAGAAUCCGCUGAAGAUGAGAAACCGCUGUUAAGGCGAGACGGAGCAGCGCGCGGAGCGUUUCCUAAUGCAGCGCUUCAUUAAUACGAGCUUUAGAUCGGACUGUCAGCGUGAGCUCGCGCAUGAUUAGACUUCAGCUUAGACUGCCGCUUGGUCCGAUAACACUUCAAGGCGCUGAGUGACGCUUCAGCAUGACAGACAGUAUCAUGAGCAAAGCGGCCACAAUGGAGAUCCCUAUCAACAGUAAUGGGGACAGCAGAACUCUGGGCGAGGACGAUGGCCUUGAACAGGCUGCAAAGGUACAGUGGGGCCUAAAUGAGAAGGUAGGGCGUCCUCCAGACAGAAGGGUGAGGAGCGCACUGGUGGAGGGGUCAGAGCCCACAGUGGCUCGAUCUUUGGAUUUGCAGCAGGUAAUGGUAUCUGGGCCUAACCUCAAUGAGACCAGCAUUGUAUCCGGUGGCUAUGGAGGCACAGCGGAAGGCAUCAUUCCCACUAGCUCUAUCAAAGGCCCUGCUAUUCACCUCAACACUGACUUUAUGGGCAACAGACGCAUCCCAGUCGAUGGACAAGGAUCCAGCAUGCACCACAGCAACAGUUCGAACAUGAUGGCAGAGGAGGCCAUGAGAGGUGUUGCUGUGGAGAAGUUUGACAUGAUGAAGAAAUGGAGCCUGAACACUUAUAAGUGCACGAAACAGAUGAUCUCGGAGCGAUUCGGCCGCGGGUCUCGCACCGUAGAUCUGGAGCUGGAGGCUCAGAUUGAGGUUCUGCGAGACACCAAGCGCAAGUAUGAGAACGUUCUGCGCCUGGCCCGUGCACUCACUAAUCACUUCUACAGCAUGGUGCAGACGCAGCACGCACUCGGAGACACGUUCGCUGACCUCAGCCAGAAAUCUCCAGAGCUACGGGAUGAAUUCGGCUACAAUGCAGAAACUCAAAAACUCUUGUGUAAGAACGGGGAGACCCUGCUGGGUGCCAUCAACUUUUUCGUAUCCAGCAUCAACACACUGGUCAACAAGACCAUGGAGGACACGCUCAUGACCAUCAAGAUGUAUGAGAACGCAAGGCUGGAGUUUGAUGCUUACAGAGCCGAUUUGGAGGAACUGAACAUGGGACCACGGGACGCCGUGACCACAGCGCACAUCGAUGCCGCACAGCAGCAGUAUCAGGUCCACAAGGACAAAUAUGAGCGACUGCGCAAUGACGUUUCCAUCAAGCUCAAGUUCCUGGAGGAAAAUAAGGUGAAAGUCAUGCACAAACAGCUUCUCCUUUUCCACAACGCAAUCUCGGCCUACUUUGCCGGCAACCAACAGCAGCUGGAACAGACCCUCAAGCAGUUCAACAUAAAGCUCAAACCUCCCGGAGCCGACAAGCCCUCCUGGCUAGAGGAGCAGUGAAAGUGUUCACAGUAACCUCUGCCCUUGUGUAGGUGAUCCAGACAGAGCAGGCAAUAGAAUAACAAGAUGCAGCCUAGCCAGUAUGGCAGCAGGGUAGCGAAAGGCUUACCAUCCUGUAGCUGUUGUAGGAGCCUGGGUCCCAAACUGCCUUUCCCCUCCCCAUCCUUUCCUCCUCUUCUUCCUCUGCCUGACUGUCUCUUUGCUGAAAUUGUGUUCGACCCUGAGAAUAAACACUGCUUAUAUCUACUUUACUCUAAAGGCUGUUUAACUUUUUUUGUUGGAACAAAAGCUUCGUGACAACUGACCAAACCUUUCAAAAAUUGUGUCAAUCAGAACUCUAGCAGACUUUUAAUGAUCCUCUUCCUCUCAACUGAACCCUCAAACCCAGUGACCACAAAAAUAACUUUUUCCCUCCUUCACUUUUCUCCGCGUGCUUCUGAACCUGGACGUAUAGAUGACUGAGCACACUUGGUUCUAAUUUUUCAAAGAAUGACUUAUUAGUCAGGUUGUAAAUGACAUGUAGUUUCUUACAUGAAUGUGCUGGGAAAUUUGAGACAUGGCAAAAAUGUCUGUUUUCAUAAUACAGAAGUGAAAAAAAAACUUAUAAUAAUUGAUCCAGUUGAUGCAAAACUGUCUUUACAAGAUUGGAUUUCUGAUUGAGUCAUGUGUAGGUUGUUGAAAAUUAGUCAUUAAUAAUUUUUUUAGGUUAGAACCACACACCCAUGUUGUUGUUUUUUUCCUUUUUUUUAUUUCAUGAAGUGUACCUGUCGGAUUCUGUUGAAAAGAAUGCUUUUGGUUUUUAUAAUCACUGCCGGUUUGCUCGCCAACACAUUUAUUUAAACACAUCUUUAUGCCAAUUAGAAAAGUUAUAAUUAUGGUUAUCAGUACAGUAUGACUGUAUACUGUGAAGCAGAAAUGUCAAAGCGGGACUUUUGAUUGUGCAGAAUAACACACAACAGUGAUGAGAGUAAAACUACCCAUAUUUCGCUAUGCACUCCCCUGCUACUGUACACUAAUGCACUUAUCCCAGCGUUUCACUAGUGCUUAGGUAGAAGGUUUUCUCAGUACGCCGGAGCCUGAUCAGACCACCUGCUUUACGUCUGAAAUGCUGGCCUCCGACAAUCACUCCCAGCUAAGUUUCUGUGAAUGUUCGAAUGGUGUUGGUGAAUGAUUUGUAUGUACUGUUCCCACAGACAUCUAAGUCGCUUUCUCAAGUUGGUGAGAAGUUAUUCAAUGAUUUUCAAGGAUCAGGCAUUCCACUUGUUAAAUGUUCCUGGUUAAAAUAUAUUAGUUAAAAUAUGACACACUUUUUCUUGGAUUAUCAAAGGUCAAGACAUAUCCCCUUGGGGUCACAAAACUUCAUGAGCUAACCAAAUAACUUGAUGCUAAUCAUUGUGAUUUUAAAAUGUAAUGUUAUCCAAGGUGAAAAAUGGAAGCUGUAAGCAGACACAGCGAUGUACUGAUAUCUAUCAUAUUGGCAUGUACGGUUAUCAUCUAAUUCAUUCCCUUAGUCUGGUGUUUUUUUCUUUCUUUCCAGCCCUAGUCCUGGAGUUCCACCCCCUCUACAUUUCGUUCUUUCUUCCUCUCUUAAUAUGAUUUGAGUCAUCAGCUAAGCAACAUGUCUGAACUAGGUUAAACUGUGAGGGUUAAAGGCGCGAAAAUUCCAGCACUCCUCGAUCUAGAUUAAGUAACACUACCUUACUUAAAAAUAAUAUAAAUUCUUUUUUGUUUAAAUAUCACUAAUAUUCAAAGUAAAAAGAAAUUCUUGUCUUUAGACCAUUUUUAGCGUUGUUCCUUUCUCAACACUUCCACGUUAAACUCCCAGGACACUUGCCAGUCUGUGGGUGUGUUGUACAAGACAGUUGUGAUUUAAAUAUUGUGGUAUGUACUAAUUUAUGUAUGAUUUUUUUUUUUUGUCUGUAUAUCUGUUGCUUUAAGUUAACAAUCAAUGUUUAAUCCGGGAUAUAAACUAUAGUGUAGUCUGUAUGAUUUAUUUCAUAUAUUUGGUGUUGCAAGUGAUUUACGUCAUUAAUACUCUUUGCAUAACAAACUGUACACUAUGGAGUGUUAAGUUCUCAGUGGUCAGUCUUUUUUCUUCUUUCUUUCUUUCUUUCUUUCUUUCUUUCUUUUUCUUUUUUAUUUAUUUUAUUUUUUCUUUCUUUUUUUUUUUAGUUUAACCUGGUUUAAAUGAAGGUAACUUUGUGAAAUAUACCUAUUUUUCUUUUCUUUUAUUUAUGAUGUAUUAGUUUCCACCCAAGAAGAGUCUACAAAAUUAGUAUAGUUUUACUUUAUUUAAGUCACAUGCCUUUUAAAUUGUGACACUGUAAAAAACUAUCAGCCCCUGUCAAAUCCAAUAGGUUUAAAUCCUAUUUUGGAGAUUUUAGUUUAACACUAAAAUGAAAUGUACUUUUUAAUUAAAUACAAAUAAAUGGCCAAAUUAUGGCCAAAAUUUAAACACUACUUUGUGAGGUUGAGCCUUCAGAGAAGCAAUACUAAAUAUGUUUCUAAAAAUGAUAAUGUAUUUUGAUAUUGGCUCUGCCUCCUUAAAUAUUUUGCAUGGCUUUUCCAAUAACCUUUGGUUGUACAUUUCCAUUUAUUGAGGUACUUUUUGUGUGAGAAGUGCCGCACAUCCGUAAUAAUCUAACGUAGGACAAAUACUGUAUUAAUCAUAUGUUAACCAGUCACAUGUUAAAAUGCUUUCUAAAAUUCCUGCUCCCUUCUUGGCUACUCACUUCUCACUUUUAUUUUGCUAGAAUAAUGAGUGCAAUGUUUGUAUGUAUGUGGCAGAAUGUUUAGUACAUCAUUCUUAUUUCCUAGUUCUUAGAUAAUUGUCAGGAUAGAGAUAUAGAAUAAAAAAAAAAAUCAUGAAGGAUGGUUAAUGAAACAAAGUACUAAAAUUAUGAACCAGACCAAAUCCAAUUUGUUUUGCUCUAAUUUCAUUUUUACAAAGUGACUUUGAUGUCCUUUUUAUUUCUGAUUGAUGCUGUCAGAAGGGUUUCUGAAUAAAAUGAGAGUCUCUCCUUAUCCUGAGAGAUUUGUGCAAAGUA